AUGGCCCAGAGGAAGAAGUUGUUAGUGAGUCUGGAGGUUUGGGGCCUGCCUGACCGACCAGAAGGCAGCGGGUCAAACGGGUGGUGGGCAGGCUCACCUAUGAUAGCCCUGGUUUACCUGAGACAGGAGGAUCUGGCGAAUGCCUCCAGCGACAACAACCACAGCCGCUCCAACAACAACCACAACUGCAGCGACAACAGCCACAACUGUUCCAGCAACAACCACUAUCGCAGCGACAACAACCACAGCUGUUCCAAUAACAACCACAACUGCAGCGACAACAACCACAGCUGCUCCAACAACCACAACUGCAGCGACAACAACCACCACUGUUCCAACAACAACCACAACUGUUCCAACAACAACCACAACUGCAGCGAUAACAACCACAACUGUUCCAACAACAACCACAACUGUUCCAUUAACAACCACAACUGUUCCAACAACAACCACAACUGCAGCGACAACAACCACAACUGUUCCAACAACAACCACAACUGCAGCGACAACAACCACAGCUGCUCCGACACCCACUACAACUGCUGUUCCAACAACAACCACAACUGCAGCGACAACAACCACAGCUGCUCCAACAACAACUACAACUGUUCCAACAACAACCACAACUGUUCCAACAACAACCACAACUGUUCCAACAACAACCACAACUGCAGCGACAACUACCACAACUGUUCCAACAACAACCACAACUGUUCCAACAACAACCACAACUGCAGCGACAACUACCACAACUGUUCCAACAACAACCACAACUGUUCCAACAACAACCACAACUGCAGCGACAACUACCACAACUGUUCCAACAACAACCACAACUGCAGUGACAACAACCACAACUGUUCCAACAACAACCACAACUGCAGCGACAACUACCACAACUGUUCCAACAACAACCACAACUGUUCCAACAACAACCACAACUGUUCCAACAACAACCACAACUGCAGCGACAACUACCACAACUGUUCCAAGAACAACCACAACUGCAGUGACAACAAUCACAACUGUUCCAACAACAACCACAACUGCAGCGACAAUUACCACAACUUCUAUGUGGGCUGCUUGGACACCUCUGUGUGCCUUCGUGUACCAGUCAAAUACGCCACAGACAUAGACGGUGUUGAGGUCCCUAUGAAGCAGGAGGUGUGGGGGUAUGCCGUACCCUCUAUCCUUCAGGGGGAGGGGAAACGAACUUCUUCUUUCUACUCUAUAGGGGUGUCCAAAUUCAUAGGCUGCAUCCUCCUGAGGACCUGGCCUUUGCAGUCUACGUGGGCCGGGUCCUCCAAAGGCCGGAAGUGA